CAACCUCACCUUUCCACGCGAGUGUCCCUAAAACGCGUCACUCAUCUUCCUGACUGUCAACUAGUCCCAACUUCAUCAGUUCAUACCAAUUUGGGGGUUAGGGUUUGAAACAAAGAGGUUUAUCAACAGCUUCUGGGAAAAUGGACAUGUCAGACAAGAAUCAAAUUUCACUCAACACCUCCAUUAACAACAACAAUCAAGCUGGUGCUGAUAAUUCUCUUGUUGAUCGAGAAGCUGAAGAUCGUGAACGCCAAGCCCGGGACCUCAAAGCCGGACUCCACCCCCUCAGGCACAAGUUUGUAUUUUGGUAUACUCGUCGAAAUCCUGGUGUGCGGACACAAACACCUUAUGAAGAGAGCAUAAAGAGACUUGUGGAUUUCAGCACUGUUGAAGGAUUCUGGGUCUGCUAUUGUCAUUUUGCCCGUCCUUCUACAUUGCCAAGCCCAACUGAUUUGCAUCUUUUCAAGGAAGGAAUUCGCCCAUUAUGGGAGGAUUCUGCUAAUUGCAAUGGUGGAAAGUGGAUCAUCCGAUUCAAGAAGGCUGUUUCAGGACGUUUCUGGGAAGAUCUGGUUUUAGCCUUGGUAGGUGACCAGCUUGACUAUGGGGAUAAUAUUUGUGGUGCAGUACUUAGCAUAAGGUUUAGUGAGGAUAUAUUGAGUGUCUGGAACAGGAAUUCAGCUGACCAUCAGGCUGUAAUGGGUUUGAGAGACGCAAUAAAACGACACUUGAAGCUUCCUCACAGCUACGUGAUGGAAUAUAAGCCCCAUGACGCCUCUUUACGUGACAACUCUUCAUACAGGAAUACAUGGCUGAGGGGAUAAGUUAAGGCGACUUUUGUCUAGGAAGGGAGAUCCUCUAAAUGUGUUUUAGGAGUUGCACCUGGUCAUAGGUCCUCACUUCAUGAUGUUCCUUCAUGGCCAGAUUCGCAAUCAAGUGAUGUCCUUUGAGGAAUAAUGUACCUGUUGAACUUGUUUGUUUUGGACGUGAAUACUUCUAUGCUCUAGAAUGUAUUGGACACAUGUCCUGGUUUUACUGGUUA